AUGCCGUCAGCAACCAAGAGCACCCAUGGCGACGGCCAUUUCCCCCAGCGCCUUAAGAACUUCUUCCGCAUCACGUCGGGCAGCCGCGAUCGCGACUCCGGCAGCCAGGCCCAGUUGGCGUCGCAAUCAUACAGCAGCCAUUCCAGCAAUGUCACCCACCACUCCAGCGGCAACAAUAACAGCAGCAGUACCGGCAGCAAGCUCGUAGCCAUCCGCCAAACCAAGUUCUUCAGCGUCGGCCGGUCGCGCAGCGGUACGACCGCCAGCGAGGGCAACCCUCUGGAGGAGACCCUGAGCCCGACGGCCCACGCGAAUCCAUACUUCCAGCACCAGGGUCAGCCUGCCUUGCGACAUCAUGAAGAAGGCUCUGUGCCCCCGAGUCCCCCCGACACACCCGGCAUCAAGAUUGAGGGGCCCGAUGGGGGCAAUGCAGAGAACGUGAAGGCCAGCACGAAGGAGGAGUUGGCUAGGAAACUUCGGAGAGUCGCCAGCGCGCCGAACGCCCAAGGGCUCUUCAAGAAGGGCGCCAGCGGCGCAGAUAAAGAGCCGCUGCCCGAAGGCGCGAUACCUGCCAAAGAUCCAAAAGCCGCGAAGAACGACGAGGAGGAACCCCCGGAUGGCCUUGAACCGGCUUCUGAGACCAGAGAUGCGCUCACUCCCUUGCCACCCCCGAGCCAAUCAAACCUCGCAUUCCGGCGGACAUACAGCUCCAAUUCCAUCAAGGUCAGAGAUGUCGAAGUCGGACCCCAGAGCUUCGAAAAGAUCAAGCUCAUCGGCAAAGGUGACGUGGGCAAGGUCUAUCUGGUGCGCGAGAAGAAGAGUGGCAGGUUAUAUGCCAUGAAGGUGCUGAGCAAGAAGGAGAUGAUCAAGCGCAACAAGAUCAAGCGGGCCCUGGCCGAACAAGAGAUCUUGGCCACGAGCAAUCAUCCCUUCAUCGUGACCCUGUACCACUCGUUCCAGUCCGAGGACUAUCUCUACCUGUGCAUGGAAUACUGCAGUGGUGGCGAGUUCUUCCGAGCGCUGCAGACCCGGCCAGGGAAAUGCAUCUCGGAGGACGAUGCCCGCUUCUACGCGGCAGAGGUCACGGCUGCCCUUGAAUAUCUGCAUCUCAUGGGCUUCAUCUACCGUGAUUUGAAGCCAGAAAACAUUCUCCUCCACCAGUCCGGCCACAUCAUGCUCUCUGACUUCGACCUGUCAAAACAGUCAGGCCCCGGAGGCAAGCCGACUAUGGUUCUGGGCAAGAACGGAGCCACCUCCAACGGCCUGCCUGCGCUUGACACCAAGUCGUGCAUUGCCGACUUCCGUACCAACUCGUUUGUUGGCACCGAGGAGUACAUUGCCCCCGAAGUCAUCAAGGGCAGCGGUCACACCAGCGCCGUUGACUGGUGGACUCUGGGUAUCCUGAUCUACGAGAUGUUGUACGGCACUACGCCGUUCAAGGGUAAGAAUCGUAACGCGACGUUUGCCAACAUCUUGCGGGAGGAUAUUCCCUUCCCGGACCAUGCUGGUGCCCCGCAAAUAUCAAACACUUGCAAGUCGCUCAUCCGGAAGCUCCUCAUCAAAGACGAGAACCGCCGUCUCGGCUCUCGCUCUGGCGCCUCCGACAUCAAAAACCAUCCCUUCUUCCGCACGACCCAGUGGGCGCUGAUCCGCCACAUGAAGCCGCCCAUCAUCCCGCACCAGGGUCGCAACGGCAUCGACACCAUCAACUUCCGCAACGUCAAGGAGUCCGAGAGCGUCGACAUCUCCAACUCGCGGCCCAUGCCGCCCAAGCGCCACGAUGGUUCUGGCGCCGGCGGCACGCCCGGCUCCGAGACGCCCGAUCCCUUCGAGGAGUUCAACAGCGUCACGUUGCUGCACGAUGGUGAUGAUGAUAUCCCUGUCGUGCCGGACCAUGAGAUGGAGAGGGUCCGGAGUGAGCUGGCCGCGCAGCAGGCUGCGUAUUCGUCGGGCUAUGGGUAUCAGCACUCGUAG